AGUAAAACAGCAAUUGCGAUUAUUGUCUCCUGUAAUUUCUCAGCCACUGUCACAGCCAGCACGAGCAAUCCCGCCGCUGUCACAGCCAUCACCAGCAACCCUGCCACUGUCACAGAUGUCACUAGCACAGUCUGGUAUAGCAGCCAUGGCAGUGGCAUCACCUGAUACACCACCAAUGUGCAUCGAAACAACAUGUUCUGAGAAGCCUUAUACAAACAGCCGAGACAUGUCAGUGACGAGAGCAGGCAUCCCGUCCCAACCCAAAACGCACACAUUGUUUAAGUACGAGACUCCGGACCACUGGGAGGUUCAGCACAAGUUUGAAGAUGAAGUAAAACUAGUCGAGCUGGACCUUCAUCAUGGCGAGGGCCAAAAGAUUGCCUGUUUAUUCGAAAAAUCGGGAAGGACGGUAGUUGGAAUCCAGAGGAUACAAAAUCUAAUGCUGUGGAACAAGUAUUGCACAAAGCGAGAGGAGAUACGAUCGAUGUUAGGCAGGAUGACAAAGAAAGAAGAGAGGACAUUGUUCCAUGGGACUAUUCCAGAAAAUGUUGAAGCAAUACUCCAUUUAGGAUUCGACUGGCGUCUGAGCGGAGAAAACGUGGGCGUGAAGUUUGGGCAAGGAAGUUACUUUGCUCGGGAUGCUAGCUACGCUUGGAAUUACGGCGGCCCUGAUCAAUUGGGAAUUGAAUAUAUGUUCGUGGCAACAGUUGUAGUUGGAGAUUAUGUCGAAGGAAAGAGUGAUUACAGGCGGCCACCUAGCAAGCUACCAGGAAUAGAGAGACCAGUGAGACCCUGCGAUUAUUACUGCAGUUGUGUAAACAAGCGACAAAACCCCACUGUCUUCGUUGUCUUUGAUACUGCUCAAGCCUACCCCCAGUAUGUAAUUAGCUAUAUCUAGGUAUAUUGACAACAGCUGGCGACAUGUGCACCAUUGUUAGACAAAAUUCCAUGGACAUCCAUGCGCGUUCUAAGCAAAUAAUAAGAAAAAAGUAAUACAGAUUGCUAAGCAAAUUCUAAGCAAAUGAUGUUUUGAUAUUUGUUGAGUAGAAGCUGGCGGUCAAGUAAUAAUGCCAGUCAGUCGGCCCGUCGGGUCAACGUUCUAUUGAUUUCAAAUGUUCUUUAUGAAUUAUGGUAAAUAUUUGCGGUGUGUAGUGUGCUAGUCACAUCUGUAAUUAUGCAAAUAGUCAAAUACUCAGAGUCGGAUGUUAAAUUAUGUUUGUAUGUGGUUAAAUUAGAUUAUAUAAAUUUCACAUAAUGUAUAUAUGAGCUCUAUCUAUGAUAUAUGUAUAUCUAUGAUAGUCUCACUUAUUAAACUUGCUCUCACCUGGGAUAAACGAUGUAAGCAAGGGCAAAGGUAAUGACUUCUUGCUUCUUGCGCGUAUUAAUCAUGGCUGUUCCCUCGUGAUCAAUUAUGUCAUUGUAGCCGCUGUGUUACGUACAUAACGUGGGAGGGAAAGACCACCCUGAAGCAGAA